GCCUCUGUUCACGCUCACUACGCCUUUGGAGACACGCUCGGCACGGGCAAUUUUGCAAAGGUGAUCCGAGCGACGUGCAGGUGCGCGACGCCGCAUUGCCGGCUGGCGGCCGGCGACACCGUUGCCAUCAAGGUGGUGAGGAAGCCGCUCUCGCGCUCAGCCGAGCGUCGCGACAUGAUUCGCGCCGAGGUCGAGAUCCUGCGCUCGGUCCAGCAUCCAAACAUCGUCCGUCUCUUCGAGAUCUUUGAGAGCGAGGUGAAGGUCUACCUCGUAAUGGAGGAGGUCACCGGCGGCGAGCUCUUUGACCGGAUCGUGCAGCUCGGCAGGUACACCGAGGAGGACGCGCGGUACUUCACCUUCAAGCUUCUCAACGCCGUCCUCUACCUGCACGACCGGAAGAUCGUGCACCGCGACCUCAAGCCCGAGAACAUCCUCCUCGCCUCCGACGCGCCCGGCGCAGAGCUCAAGCUGACCGACUUUGGCCUCUCGCGGAUCGUCGCGCUCGCGCCCGACGGCCUGAGGAAGACGCUGCGCUGCGGCACGCCGGGGUACGUCGCUCCCGAGGUGCUGUCGCGCGAGACGAGCCGCGCCGCGCUGUCGCAGUACUCGACCGCCUGCGACCUCUGGUCCGUCGGCGUCGUCGUCUACAUCCUCCUCUCCGCCUCGCCGCCCUUCUUCGGCCAGACGGACGCAGAGAUGAACGCGCGCGUGCGAGCCGGCUCGUACCGCUUCCCGCACAAGUACUGGGAGGGCAUCUCCUCCUCCGCGCGCGACUUUCUCGGCCGCCUCCUCGCCGUCGACCCGGCGCGCCGCAUGACCGCAGCAGAGGCGCUGCAGCACGACUGGGUCGUCUCGAUCGGCGUCCACACCGACGACCUC